GCAUGUGUGUGUGGUGUGACCAGUGUGAUAUGUGACACCUUCCACAAAAUCCGAGUCGCAGUUCUAUGGAUACUUUACCCUAUGCCAUGCUCCUUAUCAGCGCCCGCAACGUUUUCGUAUUUACUUUCAAUUUGUUUUGAUAUGCGCAGUUUACAGCAACAAUUUUAAAUAAGUUUGAUUAAUAACUUAAAGAAUCUGUGAUAUUUGCGAUAGGCAGUUUAUCUGCUGCCAAAUUUUGACCGUGUAAACAUUUUUUUGCCUUGAUUGUUUUCGUCAAUGCCAUCCUUUAAACCAGCUAUGCUCGGCCAGUGACGUGCUUGUCACUGAUUAUAUGUAUCAUGAGUGGCGACUAUAUUCCUCUUGACAGCAAUGUGGUUGGUCAGUUCAUCACCUGUUCAAAUGAGAAAGAUGGUUUGCUGUAUAUUAAUGGUUGGAAGAAAAGUAAAGUUAAAGCUGCGUUCUUCAGCUUAUUCUCAAUCCUCUCGCUUGGAACGUUGUAUUUGUUGUGUCGAUGGUUCCCGAAGUUAAAUGCACUCCUCCAGUAUACUCAGUGCUCUCUUGCCACGGCUGAUUAUGUUUUGAUGAAAGACACGGACGGAUAUUAUGGAUUGAUUCCAGUAAAGCACUGUGCUAUCCGAGAAGGAGACGCUCUCAUUCAGCACCGCUUCUUUGUCUAUAAGUUAAUCAGGUUUGUUUGGAACAACUCAAGCAAUGAAUUUGAGCAGCUUCAUGGAUUGGACAAUGGUGUUAAUACACUUGGUGACAUGUUAUAUAUGAGCAGCAAACGACAUGAUACUUAUCAUCAUAAGCAAAUGUUACAAUUAUAUGGUGAAAAUUUAGUGGAAGUAAAAGUAGACUCAUACAUAAAGCUGUUUUUUGACGAAAUUCUGCACCCAUUUUAUGUUUUCCAAAUUAUCAGUGUUGUUGUGUGGAGCAUGGAUGAGUACAGUUCGUAUGCUGCGUGUGUCUUUAUUAUGUCAACUGUUUCUAUUGUGGUCUCCAUUUACGAGACACGUCAGCAAAAGGUAAUGCUGAGAGACCUUACUGCAGCAUCUAAUGUUCGACAAGUGAAAGUGUUGUGUGACCAAGAGUACCAAGAGGUGGAUUCGCGAGAUUUGAUUCCUGGAGAUAUAAUAGAGAUCCCAGCUCAUGGAUGUGUUAUGACUUGUGAUGCGGUGUUAUUAACUGGAACAUGCAUCGUUAACGAAUGCAUGUUAACGGGCGAGUCUCUUCCCACAACUAAAUCUCCACCUGUCUCAACCAAUGAAAUAUAUGAUGUCAACGUGCAUGGCCGGCAUACACUAUACUGCGGGACUCAGGUCAUUCAAACUCGGUUCUACCACCACGAUAAGGUAUUGGCACUAGUUGUAAGGACUGGCAGUCUCUCCGCAAAAGGUCAGCUCGUCAGGUCCAUUCUCUACCCAAAAGAGGUCUACUUCAAAUUCUACCGAGACUCAUUCAAGUUUCUAUCUUUCCUUGGAUUUGUGGCUGGCCUUGGAAUGAUCUACUGUAUUUAUUUAUACCAUAACCGCGGUGCUAGUCUGAGAGAAAUUAUUUUAAGAAGUCUAGAUAUCAUCACAAUUGUUGUACCGCCGGCCUUGCCAGCUGCUCUUACGGCAGGAAUUGUUUCUUCGCAAGGACGGUUAAAAGCUUUAGGCAUCUUCUGCACCUCAACUUCUAGAAUCAACAUGAGUGGCAAAGUCAAAGUUGUCUGUUUUGAUAAGACUGGAACGCUGACAGAUGAAGGAUUCACAGUGCAUGGUGUCCUCCCAGCGAAUCUAGACUCCAGUGAAAUAAGUGAAAAUGACCUCGUGAAAGAUGCCACAACUUUGCCAACCAAAUCACCCGUCCUUGCAACCAUGGGCUCAUGCCAUUCACUGACGUAUAUUGACAAAAAACUCUGUGGUGAUCCUGUUGAUCUUUGCUUAUUCAAUGCAACCAAAUGGGAAUUGGAAGAGUCAGGAAAAGAUACUUACAAGUUUGAUCUUUUGAUGAUCCCAGUUGUGAAACCAGCAACUACAAAAACGGAUGAAGAAAUUAUUGAGGAGAUGAUUCAAAAUCCAGAAAUGGUGAUGGAAACUCCAUAUGAAAUCGGUCUACUGUACCAAUUCCCGUUCAGUUCAAGAACCCGCACCAUGUCUGUGAUAGGAAAAGUUCUCGGCAAACGAAACAUGACUUUAUAUACCAAAGGAGCCCCAGAAAAGAUUAAAGCUCUUUGUACAAAAGACUCAAUUCCGUCUAAUUUAGACGCUGUUUUGCAUCGCUACACAUCAGCUGGCUUCCGAGUUAUUGCGUUGGCAUACAAAGAACUACCAAGGAAAUUAACUUGGGCACAUGCAAUGAGAAUGAACAAACAUGAGAUGGAGGUGGAUCUUGAUUUUCUAGGAUUAGUUAUCCUGCACAAUACGCUAAAACCGCAGACAAUCCCUAUCAUUAAGCAGCUUCAGAAAGCAAAUAUCAAGUGUAUUAUGGCUACUGGUGACAAUAUUUUGACAGCAAUCAGUGUGAGCCGAGAUUCAGACCUUAUUCAUCCAGACCAAGAAAUAGCUGUUGUGAUUGCUCAUGGACCCUCAGAGGAUGUGCCUCCUACGAUCACUUUUGAGGCUGCUUCAACCGGUGAAAAAUUUAAAAUGGUGGGCUCACAUGUAAAAUUUGCCAUUGAUGGUAAUAAUUGGGCGAUGGUUAAAACAUAUUUUACGCACCUGCUACCACUAAUCGUCACAAAAGGAGUCGUUUUUGCAAGGAUGUCUCCAGAUCAGAAGACACAGUUAAUAGAGUUGUUGCAAGAUUUGGGCUACAUCGUUGCCAUGGUUGGAGAUGGUGCCAAUGAUUGCGGUGCUUUGAAAGCUGCUCAUGUAGGUGUAUCUUUGUCAAGUGCGGAAGCUUCUAUUGCUGCACCUUUCACUUCAAAGGUUGCUGAUAUCUCUUGUGUGUCUCAAAUAAUCAGAGAAGGCCGAUGUGCCUUGGUCACCAGUUUUGGUUUAUUCAAGUAUAUGGCUAGUUACAGUAUUAUUCAAUUUGUCUCCGUCUUAAUCCUUUAUCAUUAUGGCCUAAUGAUGGGUGAUCUACAGUUCCUGUACGUGGACCUAGUUGUGACAAGUUUAUUCGCCCUAGCAAUGGGCUACACCAAGCCAGCAGAAUCGCUGUCCCCGCAGCGACCGAUUAUCAAUCUGUUCUCCGCCGCAAAUAUCAUUCCAUUGAUACUGCAGUUCAUUCUUGUUUUUGUAGUGCAAAUAUCGUCUGUUUUAUGGCUCCAGCGCCAACCUUGGUAUGCGCCUGUAUCCCCUGCGGAAAAAGAUGAUGACGUUAUUCUCUGUUGGGAAGACACUGUAAUAUUUUGUGUCAGUUGUUACCAGUAUUUUAUCCUCGCCACAAUUUACUCCAAAGGACCUCCGCAUCGGGUCUCUUUCUUCAAAAACACAUUUUUGGUGAUUGUUGUGGUUUCUAUGACAUCAUUCACUGCUUUCUUCACUGUUGCUCCAUCUAAAUUCAUUGCCAAUCAGUUUGAGUUGAUGCCUUGGUCUCCGUCUGAUCCGGAAGCCAAGAAACUUUUCCGGCUCUCGCUACUUCUUUUCCCAAUUUGCAAUUUCCUGUUGUCUUACUUAAUAGAGAAUGUAAUCGCUCAUACACCAAUCGUGAAAAAAGUGUUCAAAUUGAUAACAUGCAGUCAAGGUUACAUCAAAAAUCCCUACAAGCAAUUUGAGAACUCCCAUGGUGAACUAGAUCAGUAUUUGUGAUCUCUGGUGCCUUCAAGUACAUUUUUCCUGGGUAAUUUGUUAAUUUUAAGGUUGAGGUAGGUAAGUUAAGUUUUUCUUUCAACCUCCUAACAUAAUUGUUCAAUUGUAAUUGAUUCGAAAAAUGAAUGUCAGAGAUGGCCGCACAGUAAGUCAUUAAAGGUUUGGGACUAAAGGUUUUUGACGGAUAAUUUGUGAUAUACUCGUAUGUAUAUGUAUUGUGAUCAGAUAUUUGAUUUAUUUUUUAUAAAUUGUUGUACCUUUCUAGACUGACGAUUAUCUGCCAUAUUUCAUUGACUGAAUAGGUCUCAUAUUGAAUCUUAUUAUGCGUCUAUUUUUUUGAAACUAUACAUAUAUACAGCAAGAAAAUUUUCAUUUUUAGUAAACCAUGAGUCUGAUUCGGUACCUGAUUUUUCUGGCUCAUAAUUAUUCCAUUGUGAGCAAUCUAAGCUAUGCUUCAGGAAAGUAUGAAGAGGGGAGAUCCAGUAUAUAGUAAUCAUCUGGUCUCUACCUUUAAUGUGAAAUUCUCUUAUCUUUUUGGGUGAUGAGUCCGAUCUGAUCACUUCUGCUGAGAGAGAAACUCAAAGAAAUUGAAUAUUGACAGUGAAAUUGCAAAAAUGUUUACGUCGGUUUCAGUGUUCGAAAAUUUCUGCUCCUAUUUCAUUUUUUCAAAAGAAACCAAGCUAACAUCAUGAAUUGCAAUUUUCACAGAAUUUUUUUCACUAAGAGGAGAAAAGUCACCGAAGAUUUCAGGAAAUGAUGUUCAGUAGUUUUCCAUGUAGAAAAUAAAGUAUAACAGGAAAUGUGCAACGUCAAAAACAGAGGUACGCAUUUCUGCAGUUCCAUUACUGAUAUCUAGACUGCUAUGAAAAUUUUCCAGACAUUAUUUUGAAUGUAGGCACCAGUUUAGUUUUUCUUUUAGUAGGAAGGAUUCUCUAAUUUACAUAACAUCGAAAUUCUUGUGCAAGUUUUUGAAAUUAGUAAAGUGGAAUUUAAAACCGAUGACUGAAAUAUUUAUGGCACCCUAAACAGUUUUAAGUCUCAUUAAUAUCCAAUUAUUUCUCAGUGACUCGUGUUUAGGUAUAUUUUAAUGCUUUCUAAUUAAAAUUUAUUACAUAAUAGGCUGUCGAUAUUUUUUUAAAAUUUUAUUAAUAUGUAGCCAAUUAUUUUCCUUCACUCAGUAUUAAUGAUGGAUACCUACAUUGAAAAUUCGAAGUUAUUUUUAGUCUUAAGAGUAUGUAUUCAAACUUUAAAAAACCAUUCUUGAAUUGAUACAUCACAGGAUUCUAAAAAGUUGAUUUUUUACAUUAGUUUUUGGCAAAACGUAAAAUUAAUUUUACUGUAGCUGAUUGUGAGACUCUUAAAUGUGCAUUAAAAAGUUGUUGAUAAAUGCGGCUGUGUUCAGUUAAUGUGUAGUGCCGCGUAAGCAUUUUAAAAGCUUCUAACAUUAGAAUGUAUGCAUUUUCCAUGAGCCAUGGUGGUGUGCUUAUCAACAUAAUUUUAUUUAAGUUACUCAAGUUCUGAGUACCUCUGAGGUUCUCAUGUAAAUUUUUUUCUUCUUCUUCUUCUUUUUCGCUCAUGUGAAGCUUUUUAUCUGAGCCGAAACCAUAGGAAACCCUUUCAUUCCUAUGCUAGAUUCUGAAGGCGCAUGCCCCGCAAUGGGAAUUGGUUGCUAUGCAGACAAAUCGGAGUGCCCUUUGACAGAAAGUGCCUAAACUUUUAGUUCAGAUUUUCCUUGACAGAUAGACCUACAAGUAGGAAUACCUCUGAGUAGAGAUUGUGAGUAAUGAUAGAUUUUUUACCGAGAGGAUAUCGUAUCGCUGAACAUUGAUUCUGCGUUCAAGGGUAAUGAAAGGGGGCUUUCAUAAUUUCUCUCUUUUUAAAAAUAAUUACUCAGAGGUUUUCUAUAUUUAAAAAAAUUGUUACUAAAGAGGGAUUCAUUAUUGAAAAAACAAGCCAUGAAGGAUCUUUUGAAAUUCAAUUAAUUCUUGUGGCCGGUCAAAGAAUCCAUGACGUUAUUACAUACCGGCUGAGUGAAUUAUGGUGGCAAAAGAUUUCUCAAUGCGCGCUCUUGCAUGUUCAUGACUGUUUUCAGACACAGACAUAUUACUAGACCAGAGUGGAAGCUUCCACUUUCUGUGACUGAUGUUAUUUUUUUUUAAAACUAUUAACUAGGUACUCAACGGAUUAAGUCACAUUGUUAUCACUUUAGUUUUAGUUUACGUGCCAUAGAAUGUCUUAAAACGGGUUAGGCAAUGACAUUGAUAUUAUUGAAACAAAAGGUUUACCAAUUUUGAUACUGCUAUUUCCAACACCCGUCAUUCAGUUUUAAGUAUAGGAUCCCACAAACACAUCAAAAUUAUAUCUGAAAUCAGUGAGACUUUUGAUUUUUUAAAACAUUAUCUUCGUCAAUUAUUUAUUUAUUUUUUUUUUAAAUCAUAAAGGAAGGCUGUCAACUGCAGGUUUACUCUCUACAAUUUAUUGCCUCAAAUAUUAUUGGCAGACCGUACUUUGCGCCUGUUAUUCAUUUUUUAUUGACAAGUUUUCUGCCUCCUCCAGUUAUUGCUUUUGUUAAGUUUGUUUUUUUAUUACCUCUAUACAUACCAUUUAAUUUCAGUAGUUAAACACGAAUUAUAUCAAUAGGACAUAAGGCUGAGCUCGGAAUUCUCUAAAAAUUGUGGAACAAAGCAAAAAGCUUUCAUUCAUCUGGAAUGAAUGAAAUCGUAACCAAUCAUCCAAAUUAAUUAUUAUUGCUAUUUUUCGAUGGAGCAUGUAAUUUCUUUUCAUCCAUCAGUUUGUGUGAUUUGAAAUCUAAGAAUGUAAGAAAUCACUACUUAAGGAUUGUAUGGUACAAUUUUGUCCUGUUUUUAAUUGUCAGUUGUUUGUAGACUUGAUAAUCAUCGGUCAAAAUGCUUUGUUUUUUUUCAACUUUCUUUUAUAUUAUUCCGUCCAAUUACAAGUAACACUCUGUCCAUACUCACAUUCACUCUAUAAGAGAUACAAUGGCUUCCAUUCCUAGUCGGCUAGUUGAAUUAGCAUUUUUAUUCUAAAAUUGAUUGAUCUUUCGAAAGAAGCUCUUCUGUGAGCGAACUCUUGGGGGCGAUAAAAUGUAAAAUUUGUCAAGUUCAGCAUCACUACCUCUAAUUUUAGACCCUUAGAACACAAAAUCAAGAUUUCUGCAGGAGUGAUAUUGCGCAGAGAGCACAACCUGGGCAAUUGAAUAUUUUGACAUUUAGUAUUAUUUGUAACUGUUUUUUUCCCUUUCUUUCUUUCAAUGAGUUUAUUUCGCAGGUAUUGAAUAAAAUGUUUAGACUACCUAUCUAUAGCCAAUGGAGGUUUUAUUGAAAGUUUUGAAGGUUCCAAAUAAGUAUUUGUCAAUGUUAUCUUUGGAAUAGUCCUUGAGAAUGCAUGAAAACCUUGAAAUAGUUUGUCUAUUUUUGCUCUCUGACUUCAGUUGACACCUCUUAUUAUUGAAAUCAAAAAUAGAAAAUGUAAGCUUUAUACGGGUGAACCACAGCUGUUUCGCUCAAACUGUAGAUGGUUAAAGGAGUGUUAUUUUAUUUUACUCGCUCAUUUAUCUUAUGUUGGAAGUUCAAUUUCCUACUUUAGAGUGUUCGCAUUUAUUGAUAUUAAUUUUAAUCAAGUCUGAUAUUGUAUUUUUAAAAAUUCAGAAUAUUGAUUGGAAUAUACUCGUUUCGUUUCGUAUAAAAACAA